UUCACAAGCUCUGGGUCCAAAACUAUCAUCUGCCGUCUCUUAGCAGGUAACUGCUGUAACACAUCCUUCUUCAGGCGUCUGAAAUAAAAAAAUAUAAUGGAACCUCCAUGGGUAAAAGCCAUCCGGAAAAAUUACAAGCUUCUGACAGAUGUCAUGAAUGCAGAUGAACUCUUGCCAUACCUGUACCAAAAUGAUGUCAUUAACCACAACGAAAUGGAAACAAUCAAGGCUAAAAACAGCCGCCCCGACCAAUGUGAGUGUUUGAUUGGAUAUAUCCUUAGAACGGACCCAGAGAUUGACCCCUAUGGGCAUUUUGUCAGUGCACUUAGGGGAAUAAAACAGAAUCAUUUAGCCAACAGUCUAGAAAGUACAUAUCAAUCAUUACCACAGGACUCAUGUGAAGCCACCAUUGUUCCUACACAAGAUGUGACAGACACACCUAGCUCUGCUCAGUGUAGAACAGAUCUGCCAUUACAGCAGAACACAGAUGACACAACCACCAAUAACUCUUCCCUUUAUAAAGAGACCCCCUUAAAUUAUGUCAAGAAGGUUUACAAAGGAUUGGAUUCACUCCUUAGGUCCGUAGCCAAGCAGACGUAUGAUGACAUGGUUGAACCUGUGCUUUCUGGUUCAAACUUAGAGCGUUUGGUAUAUCUUUUUCACUUGGUAGGAUACAACAUAGCUUGGAUCAACAUUCUUUUUGUAAUGAUGCCAGAAGUAAUAUUCACCAUUUUUUUCACUACAAUAGUGCUAUGUUGUAUUCUAGGUAAUUCAACUAAAAACAACAAAAUAAUGCCUGUAUAUGAAGCAUUCAAAGACAUCGUUUCUCCUUUACAAAAGGUUUGGGGGACAUUAUUUGUAUCAUGUUCAUUUGUGGUCAGAUAUUUUAUGUUACCAGCUUUAAAAAAUACAGAAUUAAUCUUUGUUUUUGUACUUACAAUGCUGCUGAUUGUGAUACUACUAAGCGUAGAAUAUGACGUGAUGCCCUCAGCUGACAUAACAAGAUCACCUUUAAUUAUAAUAAAUGUACUUGACAAUGUUUGUUCUCUGAUUUUUUUCGUUUUCAAUACACCUUCAUUUCUUUAAAGCUAUCCAUUGCUGCACAUUGUUUUAUGUUCCAUUUUGGUAUCAGAUAUUGACCAUAAGCUACAUAUGUAUGUCUCAUUAAGACAUUUACGUAUUCUAGUCAAAUGUGAUUCUAACAGCAUAUCCCUAAAAAUAAUACUGC